AUGACGCAACUCGCGCGCGACAUCGAUAUCUUCGACCAGACGACGCUGCCCGAUGAGGACGAAGUGCCGGAUCGCAGGGCCACGAUCAGGCACAUCAAGAGCCUCGUCAGACGCGAGUUGCACGGCGACGCGAAGGUGCAAGUCUUCGGGUCCUCCAGGGUCGGCACCGAUCUGCCGACGAGCGACGUGGACAUCGCCGUCAACCACGACAUCAUCUGGAAGAGAUGGCUGGACCAAGGCGGCGACCGAAACGCGUCGCAGGACGUCAUCAACGAGGUGAUCAAGCCCGACAUGAUCCACGCGGCGCGCAAGGUCGCGGCGGCCAUACGCAGGGAUCCAAAGUUUGGCAACACCGUCGCAAUCACCAGGUGUCGAGUCCCACUGGUGCGAACGUCGUGCGAGAUUAACGAACUCAGGACGGGCAUCGACAUCGUGUUCGGGCAGAAGAACGGCAUCGCCGCCGCCAAGUGGACCGAUCGCAUGAUCGAAAGCGUCCACCCCGAGCUGAGGCCGCUGACCAAGAGCGUCAAGGCUCUGCUGAAGCAAAAGGGACUCGGCGACGUCUCCCGAGGCGGGCUCGGCUCGCACGCCGUCACGUGCGCGCUGGUCUGCUACCUCAACCACGUGAAACGUCAGAUGAAAGACGGCCAAGAGGGAAAGCGGGGCGAGAAAGAGGAGAAGCGGGGCGAGAAAGAGGAGAAGGAGGACGGGGAGCUGGACGCCGAGGUUGGAACAGUCGACCUCGGCGAGGCCUUCGUGGGCUUCCUGAGGGAGAUGGGGAAGAUCGACGUGGAGAAAGAGGUGCUCACGCUGGAGCGAUGGCGCGCGCCGAAGCCCUCGGCGUGGAUGACGGAGGAUGAAUUCGCGCGCAGCGGCCGGCCGCGGACCUCGGCGCCCGACGGGGGGUUCGCGGCGAAAGACCCGCCGAGGCUCGGGAUCGCGGACCCGGCGGAUGGCAACCGGAAUCUUUGCGCGGGGUCUCACGACGUGCAACGCGUGUUGAAAGGGUUCCGCGAUGCGGUGUAUAACAACGGACCGGGGAGUUACCUGACGCGGUUCUUUAACGUCGAAGACGCGCUGACGGGGACUACGCUGAUCGACGAUGAGGACGACGGGCUUUCUUCUUCCAAGCGAGAGAGAUCCCGCGGAGGGGAACGCGCGGAUCGGCCCGGGAAGAUUGCGAAGAUGGAAGGUACGAGAUUACCUCCUCCGGACAUUUAA